AUGCCAGAGCUAGUUAAGCAAGCCAUACAGAAAUGUGAUAUUUUCGGGAAUGCGAUAGGUCUUAAUAUGAACUAAUAAAAUAUAUAUAAAUCUAAAUUUGGAGGAUUCAUCUCGAUAGUUGUUGGAAUAAUUAUAGCAUAUUACUUUUGGACAAACUUUAUCAUAUUCAUCAAUUAAGAAAAAAUGACUGUCACUAGUGAAAUUGAAUACGAUAUUAAUCCUUCAAAUAUUGUUUUAGGACAAAACUCUUUGAUGUUCGCUAUUAAUAUAUACUAAACUAACUUAGACUUUCUUACAAAUCCUUUCUUUAAUAUUGUUUUAAACAUAGGAGUGUUUGAGAAUAAAGGGACUACAUUUAAUUAUAAGUAUCUUCCAGUAGAGCUGGAACCUUGCACUGAAGCCCAUUUCCAAGCUUAUUUUAAUGCAAAAUAUGUUAGCGAAAAUAUAGAGACAGAUAAAUAAAAUAUAAUUAAUAAUUUUCUUUGUCCAAAAUUAGACUAAUCAUUUAAUUUGAGUGGUUUAUAUUUGUCUCCAGUUUUUAAUUUUGUGCGAAUAUAAGUAAAAAGAUGCAUACAAAGCGAAUUAAACUCUAUUAAUCCUAAUUGGAAGGUCAAGUGUGCACCAAGCGAUUCUGUAAGUUAGUUUUUAGACUAAAACGGGAACUUUAGAGUCAGCGUAUACCAUAAUAAUUACUUGAUAAGUCCAGAUAAAAACACUUAAUAUGCCUAAGCUUACUUAAAUCAAGAUUUAUCAUUUCUAUUUGUCCCAAAUUAGAUGUUUAAAAGUGUGGAUGUUUUUCUGAAGGACUAUAAUAUAAAGACUAAUAAUUAUGGAUUUUUCACUUCCUAAACAAAUUAUGAAUAAUACAUAGUGUAUGACUACAAGGAUUAUACAGAAAGUACAACAUUAGGGUAAUAAGGCGACAUUUAUACCGAAGUAUUUUUGAGGAGAAGUCCUUAUACUUAAAUAUAUACAAGAGAACAUGAAAAUUUCACAUAAUUUCUUAGUAGUUUGGGAGGUUUUAUCAAUAUUCUGAUUACAGUUGUUGGGAUAUUUAUCCGUAAAUAUAAUUACUUUUAAUUUACCAUAGAUUUAGCAAAUAAAUUAUAUAACUUCGACUUAGAAGUUGAAAGGAGCAAAAGUAAUUCUACCUUAAAAGACCAAGCUGAUUCUAAAAAUUCUAACCUUCUUUAGAUUACUCCUCAAUAGGAUACACCUUUAAAACUUGUUUAAUCAAAAAUAACCAAUAAUAAUCUUGCAGGCAUCAAUAAUAAUUAUAUUACAGCUGUUUGUUUAGAUUCUCCAUCAAAGAUGAGUAGAAAAUCAAGUAAAAUAGUUACUGAAGAUGUUUUUAAAUUUGUGGAAUCGCCUCAAACAAAUUUAUGUAUUUUACCAUCCUAAAAUGAAAUAGCAAAAGCAAGUAUUAUUUAAAAUCCUAAAAAUUCUCAACAAACCAUAGAUAAUAAAAAUAAAACAUUAAAUAAUAUUUCAGUUUAAAUGACUUCGUUUAGCUAAUUGCAAAAAAAUGAAAUUAGUAAACAGAGUAGAAUAAAUAAAAUCAAAUAAAAGAUUUGGAGAGCAAUAAAAUUAAUUAAUAAUCCUAAUUAGGAAUAGAUGCAAGUUCUUGAUAAAAAAGAAAAAAAUAUCAAUUAGUCUAUUAGCAAAUUGAGAGAAUAAAUAUAAAAUUAUAAGCAAUUAGGGUUUUCAAACAAAGCAGAUUUCUUGUUUAGCAAUUUUAAAAAAUUAAUUAAAAGAUAACAAUAAAAAAUUAAAUUUAGCCUAUCUUACUUGUUCAGAGCAUUUAAAUGUAAUCAUCAGCAGAAUGUAGUUCUCUUAAAAGCUUAAAAUAGUGUUAGUAUGGAUUUAGAUAUUUAUACUAUCCUCUAAAAAUUGUAAGAAGUAGAAAAAAUAAAAAGAAUCCUUUUUAAUAAAGAUUAAAAUACCCUCUUUUCCUUCUGCCCAAAACCAGUUAUCAGCUACAUAUCACAACCUUCUUAAUAAAAAACUAUAGAAUAAAAUAUUAACAUUCCUAACACUUCUGCUAUUUAGGAAGUAUCAAAUCCAUAAACAUAAAAUGAUCAUUUGUUGGUGAAAAAUAAUGAUUUUGAACAAGUAGAAUCAUAUUAAAGACUCUAUUAAGCAUUUGAUAAAAUAAAGAAAAAAGAAAAUAAAAAUGGUCUGCACAUUAUAAAUAACAGGCUAAUUAAAGAACUUGGAGCUGAAAUUAAUGAAAUAUUUGAGCUUUCAAGAGAGGUAGUGAAAGAAGGUGAUGAAAUUUAAAAAUAAGCAAUACUAGAUUCUUCAAUUAAUGUAUCGAAAAAGAGAAAAACUAUUAGUUAAUAAACUUUUAAUCCUUCAUAAACUCGCCACAGAUAAUUAUCAAAAUAUAAUUAACCUCAUUAAUAUAUACAUUUGAAUAGCAUGUUUAAUAGUCAUAACUAACUAAAAACAAAAGAAGAGCUUCCUUCUCAUUAAUUAAUAUAAAUAUAAGAUGACUAAAAUAUUGAAUCUAAACCAAACAAUCAUGAUGCUUCUCUAAAUAGAAUAUCAAUAUAAUAAACAGCAAAUAUAUCGCUUUUCGAAAUAGAAAAUAAGAGCUAAAAUUUAAAUUUUGAUACUAUCCCUGAUAUUCCUUUUGAACCUGGACCAGAAAGUAAUAUAACAAAGUCAGAGUUUUAAAAAGAAACUAAAUUAAAAUAAAUUCUAUGA